AUGAACCGCAGAAUGCGAAGGCGAUAUCCAACGAGCACCCUAACUGGCGGAACUGCAGCCAGCCUCUCCGAGAUCAAGGAUCUCAUGGAUAUCAUUCUUGAAACGCCAAUUAACAUACCCCGAAUAAUCUAUCUGGUUGACGUCUACCUCUCUCAGUUCUCCAUACCCAGUACUUUUGACCGAGUGACCCAUUCUUCGAUGCUCCUGAAAAUACAUGUCUGUAUUCGCGGAAUAUAUCGUAUCGUAUCACAGUCAUCGCAAUUCCGUACAGAUGUACGCAUACAUCGUGAGGUCAUGACAUUUUGGCCUCGACUUGCUCCAUGGUGCAUGUAUAUCAUGCAUCACAUUGUUGUCGAAUAUGCAGAUUUUGUAAAGUCUGUCGCCUCCGAUCACCUGGAUUACUUUACGAACACGCCAACUUACGCGGUACAAUACAUGUACGAAAUGAUUUCCCUAGAUGAAGUCAAGAGGACCCUCGCUAUCUCAUUCCCGGGACUGCUCAUCAAUUUGACGAAUGCUUGGAUAGUCGCCGUUGAAGAGCACGUUCCAGUCUGCAACUUUCUGUAUAUUGCCAUUAGAAAAUGGAUACAGGAUGAUGACCAAGCAGUCUUUGGCGAUAUAUCCCGCACUAUCAAUGCCAUCCCCAUGCCUCGUCUCAUGAACUGUCUAUUCCGGAUCAUUUCCUUCGUUCAAGAACGCCCUGUUCCCCUCCCUUGGGACGUGCUGCGGAACAACAUGGUCAUGUUUUUCCUUCUCUGCACAGAAAACAAUCAGUUUCGCUUGAAUUCCCUGCUAAAGCAAUCCAUACCUUGGAUAUGCCGGCUUAUCACCUACAUCCGUCACUACCUUGACAAGUAUCCAGAAGAAAUGCAACGCGCCGCUCAGCAUCUCACCGUCUCAUUCGCAUACCUCGCCCCCGCAUUAGAAGGUGCCCCCGAAUGGAUCAUACAAGCUGUUGAGAACCGGAUCAUCGUAUCACUGGCGUGGUUUUCGAAAAAUGGACACCUUCUGUCGUUGCCCCAAGAUCUCAAUAUGCUCGCAGUUCGCAGGCUAUUUGAGCUCCUCACCAUAAACACCAUAUGGCGGUCCGUCUUACGACCUACAUAUCGUUCUUUGAGGCAUAUCGACUUCUCCUUCCUGAAUGACGAUCCGGGAGAUCGGGAUACUAGUUUUUUGGUGGAGAAAUGGCGGCAGCUCCGCAAUGCAGUGGAUGAGCGUUGGGGGUGCCGUUGUACAUUUCGACAAGAGGAGUAUAGCAUCUGCAUGAAUACAGCGUGUAAUAUUCCGCGCGUGCCACACACAACUAGACGACUGUUACGAUGUACGGGUUGUGGGUCCGAAUUCUGCUCCACGUCAUGCCAAAAGCUCUCAGAAAACCACAAAACAUUCUGUGUGAAACAGCAGAAACGCCGGAAGGAAGGGUACCCAGAAGAUCCCAGACCACGAGACUAUCACUAUGUUAGAUGGGUCGUGCAAUGCUACUAUCUUACCGAAAAGGAGCACAUCACUGCACAAGAGAGGAGGUUUUCCCAGGAACACGGGAGCGACGCUGUGGGUGUGAUUUGCCUCAAUUUUAUCUCGUUCCCCGUAGACAUCUCAGUCGGGCUCUUCGACACGUUUCGGGACAAGACAGGUGAAUCAGAAUCACAAUGGAGGGAGAUGUGGGAGCAAGCAAACCAGGAAAGGAGACCGGAAAUGAGCGGACAGCUGCUGCUAACCAUGAUGCCGUGCGGUAGACGACCGCUAAUUAAGCUGCAAUGGAUAGAGGACGUAUCUGACAUCAUGAUUAAAUAG